AUGUCGAAAAGGAAAUCCGAAGUGCCGCUUGUCGAGCAGCUAUAUAAAAAAAACCUCGGCUCAUUCGAAGCGUCUGGUGGCUUUUGCGACGAUGAUGAUCAGGUGGCCGAACGACGGGAAGAGAUCGCGCAGAAGCGACAGAGAAGAAUCGACGCCCGAGCACCGUCAAUCCCAUUGGAUGAUUGCCAACUGUGCCAGAAGCCGAUAAUCGAGUCGUUCCUGUGGGAUCGAUUCCGGCAUCCGGUGUGCGAUAGCUGCAGAGACGACAACGACGCCCACAAGCUCAUCUCUCGCACAGAUGCACUAAACACCUACCUGCUCAAGCCGCCGGACUUGGAUCUGCGCAAGCCGGCUUUGAGGUACAUUGCCCGAAAAAAUCCGCACAACCCGCGGUAUGGCGACAUGAAGCUGUACCUGGGCUGUCAGGUGAUCGACCGAAUGCUUGAGGUGCACGGCAGCUACGAGGGGCUGGAAGACGCUAAGAAGUUGCGCGAGGACAAGCGCACCGUCAAGAAUGAACGCAACUUCGAGAAGAAGCUCAAGGAUAUGCGAAAACAGAUUCGUGGUGCCGGCAAGAAUAUCGUCGUCACGAAAAAGGCGCACAUCCACGCCUUUGGCGACGAGAUUGAGGUGGACGCUGCGGCCGGCGAAUGGAAACGUGAAUGCGCCGAGUGCGGCUACACGGAGACUUUCGAGAAGAUG